UUUGCGCGAUACGAGAUCGCAGAAGUCGAUGAGCAGAACGGUCAUAACAGCUAUCAAGGCCCUUUAAUUCCAAAGCCCCGAGGAACAGCCGGUCGAUCGAGUGCGAAGGGCGGCUACAACCUUCAGGACGCAAUGGGGCUCAAGAACGACCCUGGCAGAUAUAAACGGUUAAGGGUUCGUGCCCUCUGA